UGGUCCCGCUACACCUCUCUUUUCCCCGGCAGGGAGUUGGCGUACCAGAUCGCUGAGCAGUUCCGUGUCCUGGGGAAGCCCCUCGGCCUGAAGGACUGCGUGGUGGUGGGUGGCCUGGAUAUGGUGGCGCAGGCACUGGAGCUCUCCCGUAAACCCCACGUUGUCAUUGCUACUCCUGGCAGGCUGGCGGAUCACCUCCGCAGUUCCAACACUUUCAGCCUUAAAAAGCUAAAAUUCUUGGUUUUGGAUGAAGCUGACCGGUUGCUGGAGCAGGGCUGUGCUGACUUCACCGCAGACCUGGAGGUGAUUUUGGAUGCCGUUCCAGCACGCAGACAAACGUUGCUGUUCAGCGCCACGCUCACCGAUACGCUGAACGAGCUGAAGAGCCUGGCUGCCAACAGACCGUUCUUCUGGGAGGCUGUGUCUGAGGUGCGGACAGUGGAUGAGUUGGACCAACGCUACUUGCUUGUCCCCGAGGCAGUCAAGGAUGCAUACCUUGUCCACUUAAUCCAGACCUUCCAGGACGAGCAUGAGGACUGGUCCAUUAUUAUCUUUACCAAAACCUGCAAGGACUGCCAGGUCUUGAACAUGAUGCUCAGGAAAUACAGCUUCCCUUCUGUAGCUCUGCAUUCCAUGAUGAAACAGCGGCAACGAUUUGCAGCUUUAGCGAAGUUCAAGUCCAGCAUCUUUAAGAUUCUCAUUGCCACUGAUGUUGCUGCCAGGNNNUUGGACAUUCCUGCAGUACAAGUUGUCAUCAACCACAACACUCCUGGCCUGCCAAAAAUCUACAUUCACCGGGUUGGCCGGACAGCCCGUGCAGGUCGGAAAGGAAUGGCUAUUACACUGGUGACGCAGUAUGACAUCCAUCUCGUACAUGCUAUUGAGGAGGAAAUCAAACUGAAGCUGCAGGAGUUCUCGGUGGAGGAGCAGUUUGUGCUUGACAUCCUCACCCAAGUGAACGUCACCAGGAGGGAGUGUGAAAUUGAACUGGAGGGAAUGGAUUUUGAUGAGAAGAAAGAAAUAAAUAAGCGGAAACAAAUGAUCCUUGAAGGGAAGGAUCCUGAUCUGGAGGCAAAAAGGAAGGCAGAGUUAGUCAAGAUCAGGAAGAAAAACAAGCAAUGCCGUGAGAAGAUCCAGCAGGCACUGCAGAAGAAAAAGCAGCUGCAGAUGAAGAGGAAACUGCAGAAGAAGAUGGAGUGGCGGAACAAACUGCAAGCAAAGGAAGAGAAAUAA